AUGACUGUGGCACCCGCUAUCCUCGCUACAGUCGCCGUAGCCGCGAUCAUCUAUCACUUCUGCUAUUCUCUCUUCUUCAGUUCUCUCGCGCGCAUUCCCGGGCCAAAGUCCUUCGCUUGGACCAAAUUGACGAUCCAUGCCCUUCACGCGGAGUAUGGCCCCGUUGUCAGAGUCGGCCCAAGCGAAGUAACCUUCAGCAGCACGACUGCGAUGCGCUCGAUCUACGGAGCAGGAUCCGGGUUUGAGCGAAUGAGUUUCUACCGUAUGUUUGAGGCAUAUGGACGCAAGAACAUGGUUUCUUUCUCGACGGUCAGGGAGCACGGAGAACGCAAAAAGCUUUUCGCGCACUCCUACGCGAAAUCUAUGAUGCUGAAAGGAGAUAACGCUGCCAUGGUCCUGCAAAAGGCCAAGCUGUUUUUGGAUCUGCUGGCAAGGGAGGGUCCCGAUAGCGAGAUAUUCUCAACCCUGCACUACUUCUCCUUGGACAACAUCACUGAAUUUCUCUACGGAAACUUUGGCAAGACAGCUUGCCUUGAAGGAUCUAAGAAAGACCGUGAGCUUAUCGGCGACAUCGUAGAUGUUGCCCGUCGCAAGCUGUCCUGGUAUUCGGUCCACUUCCCUGGAUUCACGAACUGGUUUUACUCCAGAACGGGAGUUAUGGCCUGCAUUGCUCGUCAAAUCUAUCCGAUGGAAGCGCCAACAGCAUACACUGCUCGGGAGGCAUCCCUGAUCGCCAAACUCUGGACCCACCACUACUCUAACAAGGAGGACGGGCUGGACGACCUUGAUAUUGCCUCCGAGGUAAAGACGACCCCAGAACACCACUCACUAGCAGGAGUCGACACUACAAGCGACACUCUGAUGUUCCUGAUCUGGUCCCUUUCGCGGCCCCAGAACAGGGUAUUUCAGGGAAAGCUGAUUGAGGAAGUCUGCAAAAUACCAACAGAGUGCUUGGACGCGAACGGGAUCCCUAGACCAGUCGUAUGCGAUAAACUUCUCUACGUAGACGCAGUUAUCAAGGAAACGCUGCGGCUUUUCGCACCAUUACCGGGAUCAGAGCCACGGUCGCUUUCGACAGCUACCUCCAUCAACGGCUAUCUGAUUCCUCCUCAGACCGUUGUCUCCAUCUCACCCUACGCUCUUCACCGGAACCCCGACAUAUUCAAGGACCCACUCAAAUUCAACCCAGACCGGUGGAUGGACAUGCUGAAAUCGGACGAGGCGAAAAAGUGGUUCUGGGCUUUCUCUAGUGGAGGUCCAAUGUGUAUUGGAAUGCACCUUGCAAUGGCUGAAAUGACAACGCUGGUUGUCGCGCUAUAUCGUAAGUAUACUACCAUGACCAUCGAUGGGUUCGAUGAUAUUUCGCCAGGCAUCACAGCCCGGAACAUGAAUGUCGAAUCAAAUUUACCCCUCGCGCUUGAAUGA